AUGAAUACUCACUCCCCACCAAAUCCCAUCAUGAACAUUCCAGACAUCUCACAUCCAUCUGACAACCCGCUCAGCAACAGGGAAAACCCCACAGCUAUCUACAGCCCACUCAUAAAACAGCAUGCAGCAACCGUCUCCAUACUACUUCCAAUCGUCAUAACUCUUCUGCUCAGGCACCAUGUCAAUACCAUACCUCUCAAGCUCAUCACAGUCAUUCUUCCUUGCUUGUACUCAGGUCUCCAAUAUCUCUCCAUAUUCAGCCACAAUAGAAACUACCACCACAUAUCUCCGUCAGCACCCCUCACCACCUUUCACUUCAUUUACAACAUCAUCCUUCUUCUAUUCUCAACCAUCUCAUUUCUCUCAAUUAUUACAUUAUCUAUUAACGACUGGGACAGAGGCGACUUUAACUUCUUCUCCACCACACUCUCCCCUUUCCUUGUUCUACCACCCUACCUGCUCGACACCUCAUGCAAUCUUACACAACCAUAUUCUCACUACGCAGCCACAGACUCCAUCGACAUACUUCUCGACCUUGUCAUCUUCCUCUAUCCCCUAGCAAUGAUAGCUAUCAAUCUUCAGGAAGAGACUACCUGGAUCCUUCACUCUGCCAUCACCAUCAUCCUCUUCAUCAGGUCGUAUAGGAAAAGAUGCCUUCCGCCCCCAAGCCAUCAAGGCCCGCUGAAGGUAUGGAGACUGAUAGUCCCUAUCAUCACAUUGCUUAUCGGCGUAAUCAUAUACAACGUUUUGGGAUUCGGGUCCUUACUUAUACUCAAAAAAAAGCUCAAGAUCCAUGCCUAA